AAUCGUUUUCUGGGCGGCGGCAGGUGGGGUGGCAGAAGGGGGCGGGGGGUGGGGGCCGCCUGCGGAGCAACUUGUGGUGGAAAAGCGAGGAAGGCAACUGGCCCUGCGCUCCACGCGCGGCCACCUCCAGCCCCUCGGUGCCGCGGGGCGCUGGUGUGAUUCCCUCGCAAGCGGCGAUUCCCCUCCGGCCGGCGCGCUGCUUUAAAGCCAGACGGCGCGGAGUGUGUGGCAGGGGGCGGGGGACUGGCCGCCCGCAAUCCAUUCAGCCCAGCCCGGCUCACACGGGGGAUCUACAACCGAGCAGCCGCAGCCCUCCUCCUCCCCCCCUCCCCGGCCCCCCACCGCAAAGGAUCCGGCGUGUGCUGUGUGGGUCUCUGUGUGUGUGUGUAUGAGGGGGGUUGUUGUUGUUGUUGUUGUUGUUGUGGCGAGCACGCCUCCCCUAGCCGCUCCAUGAGGGGGAGUGGGCGCUCCGCUCUCCUCGCUGCCUGCGCGGGCUUGGAGACCAGGCGGCAACCCGCGGCCAGCCCCCGCCUCCCCGACAAACUCGGCUGUGCUCUGGCGACAGCCGCGGUGGGCGCGGGGCUUCUGGCGCUCGCCCGUGCUUCCCUUCGCCGCCCCAGCCCCGCUGCCCUUGGGUGUCUGCUCCCCGGGGCCGGCUGGCGGGUGGAAGUCAGACAAUGAGGCGCUGGGAAACUCCUCUAGGGCACAGCCGCGUUCCGGGAGGCAGCGAGCCUUAGCAGCCCCCCCAGCGCACACACCCACCGAGCGCCUCGGCUCGGCCGGAUUUUUUUUUUUUUUUUUUUUUUUGUCCGGGUGUAUUUCAGGCCGGAGGGGCAGCUCCCGUCUGCCUGGGCUCCCCCGAUGAUUUUGCCUCGGCUCCGGGAGAGCUUCAGAUCGCACCUCGCCCUCCUGAGCUCCCUCUGCACUAGGAUGUUGCGGCAGGUUUUGCACAGGGGGCUGAGGACGUCUUUUUCCAGACUCGGCCACUUCAUUGCCAGUCACCCGGUGUUCUUCGCCUCCGCACCUGUGCUGAUCUCGAUUUUGCUGGGCGCCAGCUUCAGCAGGUACCAGAUCGAGGAGAGCGUGGAGUAUCUCCUGGCCCCCAAACACAGCCUGGCCAAGAUCGAGAGGAACCUGGUGAACAGCCUUUUCCCGGUGAACCGCUCCAAACACCGGCUCUACUCUGACCUGCAGACCCCUGGGAGGUACGGCAGGGUCAUCAUCACAUCCUUCAGGAAGGCGAACAUGCUGGACCAACAUCAUACUGAUCUGAUCUUAAAGUUGCACUCAGCUGUGACCAGGAUCCAAGUACAAAGACCUGGUUUCAAUUACACAUUUGCCCAUAUAUGUAUCCUGAAUAAUGACAAGACUUGCAUAGUGGACGACAUAGUGCAUGUACUGGAGGAGCUAAAGUCUGCUCGAUCUUCUAAUCGAACUAAUUUUGUUAUCACAUAUCCAAUCACUCACUUAAAGGAUGGCAGGGAAGUGUAUAACGGGCACCAGCUUGGCGGGGUUACCGUGCACAGCAAAGAUCGGGUGAAGUCUGCAGAAGCCAUCCAGCUCACCUACUACUUGCAGGCGAUCAACUCUCUGAAUGACAUGGUAGCAGAAAAGUGGGAAUCCAUCUUUCGUGACACUGUCGAACUUUUCCAGAAAUCCAACAGGAAAGUCAAAAUGUAUCCCUUCACUUCGUCUUCGCUGAGGGAGGAUUUCCAAAAGACGAGCAGGGUGUCAGAACGUUACCUGACCACAAGCCUGGUCCUUGUGGUCACUUUGGCCAUACUCUGCUGUUCCAUGCAGGAUUGUGUCCGCAGCAAACCUUGGCUUGGCCUUUUAGGAUUGUUAACGGUGAGCUUAGCCACACUGACUGCAGCUGGAAUCAUCAAUCUGACUGGUGGGAAAUACAAUUCCACCUUCCUGGGAAUUCCCUUCAUCAUGUUAGGUCAUGGGUUAUAUGGGACUUUUGAAAUGUUGUCCUCCUGGAGGAAAACUAGAGAAGACCAACAUGUUAAAGAGAGAACUGCAGCUGUGUUUGCAGACUCCAUGCUCUCCUUUUCUCUCACCACUGCCAUGUACCUGGUCACUUUUGGAAUAGGUGCCAGUCCCUUCACUAACAUUGAAGCAGCUAGGAUUUUCUGCUGCAAUUCCUGUAUUGCAAUUUUCUUCAACUACCUCUACGUACUCUCCUUUUAUGGUUCCAGCCUGGUGUUUACUGGCUACAUAGAAAACAACUACCAGCAUAGUAUCUUCUGCAGAAAGGUACCAAAGCCAGAGGUGUUGCAAGAGAAGCCUGCGUGGUAUAGGUUUCUUCUGACAGCCAAAUUCAGCGAGGACACAACCGAUUCAGAGGAAACAAAUACUUACGAAAGUCAUCUUUUGGUGUGUUUCCUCAAACGCUAUUACUGUGACUGGAUAACAAACACUUAUGUCAAGCCUUUUGUAGUUCUCUUUUACCUUGUUUAUAUUUCCUUUGCCUUAAUGGGCUACCUGCAGGUCAAUGAAGGGUCAGACCUUAGUAACAUCGUAGCAACCGCGACACGAACCAUUGAAUACACUACUGCCCAGCAAAAGUAUUUCAGUAACUACAGCCCAGUCAUUGGGUUUUAUAUCUAUGAGUCAAUAGAAUAUUGGAACACAAGCGUUCAAGAAGAUGUGCUAGAGUAUACUAAAGGGUUUGUGAGGAUAUCUUGGUUUGAGAGCUAUUUAAAUUAUCUAAGGAAACUCAACAUAUCUACUGGAUUGCCCAAAAAGAAUUUUACUGACAUGUUGAGGAACUCAUUCCUGAAAGCCCCCCAGUAUGCCCAUUUUUCAGAGGAUAUUAUCUUUUCAAAGAAGUACAACAACGAAGUUGAUGUAGUGGCUUCUAGGAUGUUCUUGGUGGCUAAGACAAUGGAAACCAAGAGAGAAGAACUUUAUGAUCUUCUGGAAACCUUGAGGAAACUCUCUCUCACAUCCAAGGUGAAAUUCAUCGUUUUCAAUCCAUCAUUUGUGUACAUGGAUCGUUACGCCUCCUCAGUGGGAGCCCCCUUACAAAACUCCUGCAUCAGUGCUUUAUUUCUGCUCUUCUUCUCGGCAUUCCUGGUGGCAGACUCUCUAAUCAAUGUCUGGCUCACUCUAACUGUUGCCUCAGUAGAAUUUGGAGUCAUAGGUUUCAUGACCUUGUGGAAAGUGGAACUGGACUGUAUUUCUGUGUUGUGCUUAAUUUAUGGGAUUAAUUAUACAAUUGACAACUGUGCACCACUGUUAUCAACCUUUAUCCUGGGCAAAGAUUUCACAAGAACUAAAUGGGUAAAAAAUGCCCUAGAAGUGCACGGGGUAGCUAUUUUACAGAGCUACCUCUGCUAUAUUGUUGGUCUGAUUCCUCUUGCAGCUGUGCCUUCAAAUCUGACCCGUACACUGUUCAGGUGCUUGUUUUUAAUAGCAUUAGUCACCUUCUUUCACUGCUUUGCCAUUUUACCUGUGAUACUGACUUUUGUGCCACCAUCCAAGAAAAAAAGGAAAGAGAAGAAGAAUCCUGAAAACCGUGAGGAAAUAGAGUGUGUCGAAAUGGUGGAUAUGGAUAGUACCCGAGUGGUUGACCAAAUUACAACAGUUUGACUUGCUUGUUUGUUGUCUUUUCACAGUAGGUCUUAUUGAGAGAAAAGAGAUCAUUAUUGACUAAAUAUUGGAUUUUUGAUUUUUCUUUUCCUAAACUAAAACCAAGAAUAGCCAAAAUGGUGGGGGGGAAGGGAAACUGUACAUUAAUUGGCCUCCAUAACAAAGGUAUUAUUAGUGAAAGAAUUUAUACACACACACACAAAGAGUGUGAAUUUUAGUCCCUUGACGUAAGAUCUAAUAAGGGAAGAUCAGUUACUAAGAACUGUUCUGCCAUCUCUAUACUGCAGAUACAGCUAUUAUUAUUGCUGAGCCCAAUCAAAUUGAAAGGUCAACUGUCAAGGCUGAAGUAACGCUCAGUGUUCAUCCGGAGGUAAAGGCUUUACAAACUUUCUGCACAGCAAUAAUUCAGCUCAAUGAGUCAGCUCUGAUAGGUCUUAGCCAUCACACUGAACUUUUCUUUUCUCUUUUCCUCGAAUGAAAACGGUCGUGCAAGUUUGUAUAACAGAAAGCAAAUUGAACUAGGGAAGAAGGCUGUAUGCAGCAACCCGACACUUUCAGAACAAAUUUGUGUUACAAAUCAUUUUCUUUUCUAAAAAUACAGUUAUUUUAAAAUGUAAUUCAUCCCCAAGAACAUUUUUAAAGUCAUGGUUUUUGUAGCUGUUCCUUUUUAAAAAAACAAAAACAAAAAAUGUCAGUGACUCUGGUAUGGUAGAAGAUGUACAAUUCUAUUUUAUGAAUGACUUGCUACUAGUUAAACAAGGGAUCUGCUUUACCGACCGUAGUUUUGUUAGUACUGUACUAACAUAUGCCAGUGGCUCUAACAGCAGAUAAAAGAUGGUGUACUGAAUACUUCAGCACCAAAAUCCAUGAAACAAGCCUCAAAUACCUAAUGUCACCAAGGAAAAGUGAAUGUUAGGGCUCCUUUAAUAAGAGUCUCUUUCAGGCCAUUCACUCGUAAUGCACACUAAGAGGAUUAAUGGAUAGUUUUACAUAAUGUAUAACUUAAUCCCUCAAUCUUCCUAGAGUAGCUGUAAAGCAAUAGCCUUUACAGUUAUGGGCUCUUCCAGGAGACAGCAGACCACAAUGUGAGUUAUAUAUUACAGUUCAAAGGUAGGACCACACUAACGGUAUCAUGUUUAACUGUCUCCCCAAAGAGCCUGUAUCAAAGGGGCCUAUUGAAAACACCACAUUUUUUUUUUUUUUACAUAUCUGAAUCUUUUUGGAGCAUUCUGUUCUAAAUCAAUAAUUAUGUCAGCAUCUGUGAUGUGGAGUAAUGUGGAUAAAGAAGCAUCCUCAACCCCACCCCCACUUAAGAACCACAGGACACUGUUGCGAGGUUUUAUACCAACCAGUUAGACCCCCUUCUGGGAACAUAGGUCAACUGACUUGGUUUUGCUAGAGCAGUCUAAAUUAGUCAACUAAAACCAGUAACAUGCAGCUGGCUUUUGUGUGAGAUGUUCGAGUGACUAUUCUCUGUUAACAUCUGUCCAGAGAGUAAAAGUACUUGAAAGUAUUUCAAUAACUGGGAAAUUGUUCACUUAAAUCAUGGGUUGUGGAACUCAAACUGAUGUUUUCAGGUGCUAUGUGGCUUGGGCUAACUAGGGUGCUUUAGUUUCAGGAGGCUGCAUGUGUUACACAAUGAUUAGUGCAUCCAUUGUAACGAAUUGGUGGUUUGCCCAUCACUGCCUAGUACCAUGCUUUAGCACGAAUUCAAAAUGGCUCCCAUUAGACCCGUGUGAAAUCCUCAGAUUCCAUUUUGUGAAUUUUAAUUUUCAAAGAGAUAUUUCUUACAAAUUUUUGCUUAGCCAAAAAUUCAGACCUUUUACCAUGAAGCAAAGUUUGAUGACUAUCUAAGAGCAACUGGAAGCUCUAAUGCAACUUCAUUCUCGGCAGAAAAACUGUCAGACGUUGUCAGACCUGUAGAAAGACAACAGAACCUGGGGAUGGGUGGAAAGGUACUUUGGGGCGCGCUUGAUAGCCUCCUUAAGGACCUGUUGUUUGGGGUGUUUGUUUUGUUUGUUUUUGAUAUGUUCUUUAGGCUCAAGCCUUGGUCUAUAGUUUCCAGCCAGAUGGGGGAUGGGAAGAGAUUUGGGAGCAUAGAAAAUCAGCUUUGUUUUGGUAAAAAUUCAAGAGUUUUCCUAUGAUUGUCUACUCUAAAGUGUGAUUCUUGUCUACCUGUUUCACUUCCACUUUCAUUUUUUUCCACAGAACUCUAAGCACACUGUUGCUUUUUGUGAGCUGAACUUUGAGAGUCCUUUGAAAGGUCCAAUGUUUCAUAUCUGUUUCUGAGCUUGAUGUGAGUAAGUCUUUAAAUUAGGUCCCCAGAUGCAUAUUUAUUUCAAAUUUUAUGUGACAGUCAUUACUGUCAUUCAAACAACAUUUAAUUACCCUGCAUUAGAACUGUUCAACAGAUAGAUAAAUACCUAUUUAUUGAAGUUUAAAAGCUAGUGUAACUAUCAGUAGAUUUACCAACACACACUAUUAUAAACCUCUUUACAUUUAAGUUAAAUGAAUAGCUGGGACUGUCUUUAAGUGCUCCUGAGGGAAGAGAUGCUUGUAGCUUCAUAGGUCUCUCAUUAAAUCUGAGUAAAGUGGGACAUUUUGAUAUCUCCAAGAAAGAAGGCAAAAAAGAGUUAGAACACCUACUCUUUUGUCCCAAAAUCUGCUGGAGGGAGGAUGUUGAGGCAAAGUGAUAUCACCCUGUUUUAGAAGGCCAUCUUAGUUUAAGCAACCAGUUUUUGUCACACCCCUGAGUGAUCCCUUGCCAUGGGUUUCACUGUGUUUUUAACUGCAGUACAGAAGAUCCCUUUUCUGGGGAAAAAAAAAAAAAAAAGUUCAGUCAGUGUGUAAUACUGGGUUUCUGUCAGGCACUGACCGAAAGUUAAAUGAGAUAUUUUAUUAUCCUCAGAUAAAGCUAUUAUUCUGACUUUUUGUUUUAAACAGAUAUAAAUAUGAUUACCCUUCUAUUCAGAACAUAAAUUACAAACAUUAAAAUUUCCAUUUAAUACCUUAUUGUUCAGAGCCAGUUUCUGAUAAUGGACAAGCAUCUUAAAAAAAAAAAGAAAGAAAGAAAAGAAAAGAAAAACCAAAAUGCGUAUGACCAUCAACUUCAGUCUAGUCUUUCUUGCAAGAUUAUUCCCUGUGGUGGCUUAACAUGAGUUCAUUUUCAGUUUACAAGUAUUCCAUUCUGGGAAAACACUGAGAGAGAAAAACUGGAACAUCUGGAAUAACUUCACUGUAAACAGAAAUUGGCCAUGGCAGAAUUUUCUGCCCAAAGCUUUAUCAGAGAAUUUUCUAGUUAGAUUAAAAUUAGAACUGUGAAAGCUGAGGAAAAUCUAUCUGGCAAGGAACAGCUCCUUUUCCAAAAACAAAGAAGCUCAGUGAGGUCAGUUUUAUGAGCCUAAAGGGAGAGUGCAUCACUGGAGCAGCUUGAUAUGUCUAUGAAACAUACCAGCAUUUUCUUCAGAUCUGAGAGCCUUCCUGAUCCAGGGCUGAAUUCAGACAAAAUGGAUGAAGAAGUGGCAGGCUGUAAAGUGACUGUUUGUCUUUUUAAAUGCUGUUCUGGAUUCAGUCUCCUCCUUCCUGCCAGUUGCCACAUCCUACCCCAACCAAAAAUUUGAUUUCAUUCAUUUAAAAAAAAUAAAAGUUAAAGCAAUGUCACAACCUGAUAGUCCGUGUUAAGAAUGAUGCCCGCAUCCUUAAACAACAGAGAAGCAAAGCCCUCUGUUAAGGCUGAGUUCUACAAAAGGAAACACUCUAGUUAUUUCUAGCUUUCAAAUGUUAACAGAUACAUGGUUUCCUGUUUCUUAAAGUUUGAAAGUAGGUAAAAUUACUAUGGGCCAAAUCCUCCCACAGUAGGCCUUGUAUACAGUUCUACUUCAUGGGGAUGUGGAGACUGGAAGCAGAGGGCAUGGAUAAAGAAUCCAGGCUCCCUGUGCUUAACGGAAGGGCUCCAGCUAUUCUAGUGUGGAUAGAUUUUGGAGACCAGACUGAGGUACACAUUGGGGAAAGUGUAAGCUGUGCUCCUUGCAUUAGUGACUGUUGCAGGUCCCCAACGAUAAACCCACUCCCCACUUUUUUCAAGACUUUGCAUAGUGGAGAGGAUUUGUCCCCAAAUAUUUCCUGUAUAGUAUUACUUAGAUAUCAAUACUUAAUGCACUAAGUAUCAAAUGAUACUAUUUUCUCCAAACAAGAUGUAUUUUCCCCCCUUUUCUUUUUAUAAAUACUUAAAUUUGCUAAUAAAUAUUUCUAGUGAUAAAGUUAUCUACCUUUGAAUGUUAUUAAAUUAGGAACAGUAUCUAUUCAUUUCAAUUCCAGUCAUGAAAACUGACUACCCACUAUGUCUUUGGUGAAGCAGACUGGUAGCAUCAGCAGGAAACGAACAACUAAUCCACUUACCAUAGGUGUACGUAUUGGCCCUGAUCCUGCAUUCACGCACACACAGAUGGACCCUUGUCCAACUGGGGCGCUGCACCGGCACAGGGGUCGACCCUCCUGACUCGGGUAGCAGGAUUGGGGCCUUAGGUUUAAAUUCUGGCAGAGCAUUGCGUAUAGGAACCCACCCAUGAAAUUCAUUCACCGCAGGGCAGAACUCUUCUGAUCCUAUCCUUGCUAGAGCCAUGGUAGAGGCUGCUCGGCAAGCCUUGCCUACUUGCAGAUGCAGAGAGGCGCUCCUGACUGCUUACACUGAAUCACGGGGCAUGGCUCACAUAUUUUUGCAGAUAUUCCCCCUUAUCCAGCAGUGGCACCUAGGCGUGCACACACACACAUAGCCCUACAUAGUUUAGUCAUGCUUCUAGCUGUUGCUACCUAAAGGAUGGGUUCAUAAUGAUGAUUCAUUUGCAAGCAUAUAUUGUGUGGCCUUUUGGGAGGCACAUAUCUGUUAAACUUGAAUUUGUCUCUGAUAAUCUGCCUUCUAAAAAUCUUCACAACCAUUUGUUUGGGGGGGAAACAGAUACAAAAAAUUCUAGGUCAUUUUGAAUUUUCCAGCUCCAAGAUAUUCACAGGUCUUAAUUCAUGUGGUAAAUUAAUGUCUUGCAAAAUUUCAGGUGAUUUUUGGUUACUAUUUUUGUAUUAAUUGAGGGAAAAAAUUGUAUAACAAAUCUCAAUGUACAGCCAAUGCCUAAAAUAAAAUGUCUCUCU